GGCCGGUUACCAGUGACCCCUGGCACGAGGCGGCCGGUUACCAGUGACCCCUGGCACGAGGCGCCGGUUACCAGUGACCCCUGGCACGAGGCGGCCGGUUACCAGUGACCCCUGGCACGAGGCGGCCGGUUACCAGUGACCCCUGGCACGAGGGUGUCACUGCGUUUAGGCGACUGAUCACCUCAACAGUGGGCGUGAGAGGGAAUGAGGAAAGAUGCAGCGGACUCGUAUCGUUUCCGCGCGGCCCGGUAUCACAUGCUUUGUGGCCUAGUGGUUGGGGACCACUGGUUUGAGGGUGAAAGGGGAAAUACUUAAGGGGAAUAUGAGGGAAAAUUUUUCAGAGGGUGGUGAGAGUGUGGAACAAGUUGCCGGUGAAAACGAUGGCUGAGGGUUCAAUUUUGUCAUUUAAGAGAAGUUUGGAUGCAUGGAGGGUGGGUCGAUGGGAUCAGUUUAGCAUGGUCUAGAUGGGCUGAAUGGUUUGUUUCCGUGGCGUCGUGUUUUAUGAAUUGAAGAGGAUUGCUGAGUUUCACCAGCAUUUUGUGCGUGCUGCUGAAUUGCGGAGGGGUUGAUUGCGCAUGCGGACGAUCGAUCGCUCGUGCGGUAUAUCGAUUGGGCCUCCUAGCGCGGUAGGACCUUUCUGCGUUCGGUUUUCGAGUGCGCAUGCGGUCGAUCGAUCGAUCGUGCGGUAUAUCGAUUGGGCCUCCUAGCGCGGCAGGACCUUUCUGCGUUCGGGUUUCGAGUGCGCAUGCGUGUCAUGUUUGGCCGUCCUCGUGCGUAGUGCCGAUUCGAAAACUGCUAGUUAUAGACCAACAACACUGACGUCCCAUUUCUGUAAACUUAUACAACGUAUGGUAAUGGAGCGGUUGAAUGAUAUUUUGGAAAAAAGAGGUGAUAUAGUGUUUCAGCAGAGCGGAUUUCGGAAGGACAGAAUGACAUUGGAUUCGGUCAACAACACACACAAAAUGCUGGUGGACACAGCAGGCCAGGCAGCGUCUGUAGGGAGAAGCACUGUCGACGUUUCGGGCCGAGACCCUUCGUCAGGACUCGGAUUGGAUUCGGUUUUAUGUUUGGAAGAUGAUCUUAGAAAAGCACAGACGCUGCCUGACCUGCUGAGUAUUUCCGGCAUUUUCUGUUUUUUAUAAAGAGCAAGAGAUCUGUGAUUAUAAACAGCGAGAGAAUGGUUUGAUACAAGGUUUAUCCAACACAGCACCCACACUCAACAUCACAGGAACGGAGUACUCCAUCACUGCGAGCGGCACUCUCUCCAUUACGUGCAGAGGCCAGAUGCCCCUGAGCUGGAAUUGGCCAGGAAAGGUCGCAACCACAAAAGAGACGAAGUCACCGUCCCAGAGGCUGGAGGAACCUGGAGGACGGACAGUCAGUAUUGUGGAGUGUGAAGGAGUACCCACACAUCAGUACUGCAAGACGUUGACAUUAACAAGAGCCCGAGCUAAUGACACAGGGUAUUACUGCUGCUACUAUCACUUUGAGCCCAUCGUUGACAAGGUUUCAGCUGCCAGCAUAUAUGUCUUCGUGAAAGAUCCACAGAACCCUUUCCUUAGCUCGUCACCCAACGGGACCCAGCAAGCUCAGGUGUUGACUGUGAACAAUGCACUGGUCACUGUUCCGUGCCUCGUGUCUAUCCCAACCCUCAAAGUCACUCUGCGGGAGGGAAUCACCAAAUCUGUCAUUUAUCCCAAUGAACCCAACGUGAUAUGGGACAAUAAACGAGGAAUGAUUGUUCCCAGGAAGAGGCUUGAAAACUUGCUUUACAUAACUUGUGAAUGUGUCAUCGGUGACCGAGUCUUUUCGUCUGCAAGUUACCUCAUCUACAUCAUAGGACGGCGGAUUUACAACAUCACACUGAGCCCGGAUCGAACAGAGAUGGUCGUUGGAGAGGAGCUCAUUCUUGACUGCAUUGUCGAGGCAGAGUUUAACGUGGCUGUCGACUUUCAAUGGGAAUACCCAAGGAAAGAGCUGUACAGGACUGAUCCGGCAGUCAAGAUCACCUACCAUAAACGGCCACUGGACACUGGCUCGAAACUGAGCAGCCGUCUAGUCAUCAGCAACGUGUCCACCAUUGAUCAAGGAAUUUAUGUCUGCAAGGCCGAUAAUAGCUUCAACAUCACGGAGAAGAAGGCUGAGGUUGUUGUGCAUGCAAACCCAUUCAUCCAGAUGACAUUCAAGGGGAGUUCAGUAAUUGCAGUGACUGAGGCCAAACUUGGACAGAAGAACGUGUACCUGACUGUGCAGAUCCAUGCCCACCCCUGGCCUAACAUCCGCUGGUUAAAAGAUGGGAGGCCAGUCAGGAGCCUGGUGAUCCAGCCAACUGAAUCGAGCCUGAGGAUUGGAGAGGUGACAGAACAGGAUGCUGGUGUCUACACUGUCCUUGCCCGGAAUCCCAAGGCGGGUCUGGAGAAGCGGUUACAGAUACGGCUCGUUGUCAAUGUUCCACCUCAGAUCCACGAGAAGGAGGUGGCUUCUCCAACCAACAUUUACCCACGUGGGAGCAGACAGACGCUGACGUGUACCGUGUAUGGCAUUCCCACGCCGUCACACGUGUUCUGGUAUUGGAGACCCUGGGGUCCAUGUGGAGUGAAGUUGUACCCUAAUCUAGGUCCUCAAGCCAUCUUGGGGCGCCAUACUCAAGACCGAACCCCUGACUGUGAAGACUGGAGGAACAUCUCAGCUGGGCCCCUGACCAACAAGAUUGAGAGCAUUGAGACCAGCUCUGAGGUUCUGGAGGGGCGGAACAAGACAGUCAGCAAGCUGAGCAUUAUGGCAGCCAACAUCUCCGUCAUGUAUAAGUGUUCCGCUUUCAAUAAAGUCGGGCACGAUGACCGUGUCAUCUACUUCUACGUGACAAGUAUCCCAGAGGGAUUCGGUAUCGAUCUACAGCCUUCAGAGAGCCCGGUGGAGGGUCAGAGAGUGCAUCUGCGGUGCAGCGCGGAUAAUUACACCUACGAGAACCUGCAGUGGUACCGGCUUCUGCCUAGCGCCCUGGAGGGUGAGCUGGGAGACCCUCCUGUGCUUGAGUGCAGGAACAUGCACAUGUACGGCAAGAGGCUGGCAGGGGUGGAGACGGCAGACCCCCAGCACAAGGGACUGGCUCUGGAGCUUCAGAUUGCCAGUGUCACACUGAAGGACGAGGGUGAUUAUGUGUGUGAAGUUCAGAACAAGAAAACUGGCGAGAAACAUUGCCACAGGAAGUACGUCCUGGUGAGAGCUCCGGAGAGCCCAGGUCUGUUCGGGAACCUGACUGACCUGUCAGUCAAUGUCAGUGACUCCAUCCAGAUGAGGUGUGCUGUUAGCGGAACCCCUCAACCCACCAUCACCUGGUUCAAGGACGAGAAAAUGUUCCACCAGCUCUCAGGGGUGGUCCUCAGUGAGCACAACCAGACCCUCACCAUCCCGCGGGCACAGGAAGAUGAUUCUGGACUGUAUCGCUGUGUCGCUUGCAACUCCAAAGGCUGUGUCAACUCCAGCGCAUUCGUCUCCGUGCAAGGUGGUGGUGACAAAUCAAACAUCGAGAUUGUGAUCUUAGUUGGGACAGGAGUCAUCGCCGUUUUCUUCUGGAUUCUGCUCAUCCUCAUCUUCUGUAACGUCAAGCGGGUAAGAUUCCUGGGGACCAAUCCAGCCGACAUCAAAACCGGAUACCUGUCCAUUAUCAUGGAUCCAGGUGAGGUACCUCUGGAUGAACAGAGUGAGUACCUGCCCUACGACUCCAGCAAGUGGGAGUUUCCUCGGGACCGACUUCGGUUAGGCAAGACGCUGGGUCAUGGAGCCUUCGGGAAGGUGGUAGAGGCUUCGGCCUUCGGAAUCGACAAGAGCAGCAGCUGCAGGACAGUAGCUGUGAAGAUGCUGAAAGAUGGAGCCACCGCCAAUGAGCACAAAGCCCUGAUGUCUGAACUGAAGAUCCUCAUCCACAUUGGAAACCACCUCAAUGUUGUUAACCUGCUGGGAGCCUGCACCAAAGCAAAUGGGCCCCUGAUGGUAAUUGUGGAAUACUGCAAAUACGGAAACCUCUCCAACUACCUGAGGAACAAACGGGAAGACUUCAUCCCCUGCCGGCAGGAACGGGCACUGAAGGUAAGCAGCCACGUGAUUUCUAUGGUGGAGGUGGUGAAAGAGCUGGAGGACAGGAAUCGAGGCAGCAUAGCCGAACACCCAAUCUGUGUCCGCACCGCCAUGGACAGGAUGCUCGGUCACCCCAAGGCCCUGGUGGAAGUUGAUGACCUGUGGCAGUGCCCCCUGACCCUUGUUGAUCUGAUCUGCUUCAGCUUCCAAGUUGCUCGUGGGAUGGAGUUCCUUGCCUCAAGGAAGUGUAUUCACAGGGACCUAGCUGCUCGCAACAUCCUCCUCUCUGACAACAACGUGGUGAAGAUCUGUGACUUUGGCCUCGCGAGAGACAUCUACAAGGACCCUGACUACGUGAGGAAGGGCAAUGCUCGUCUCCCGCUAAAGUGGAUGGCUCCGGAAAGCAUCUUUGAUAAAGUCUAUACCACCCAGAGCGACGUAUGGUCGUUUGGCGUGCUGCUGUGGGAAAUCUUCUCUCUAGGUGUCUCUCCCUAUCCUGGAGUCCAGAUCAAUGAGGAGUUUUGCCAGCGACUGAGGGAAGGAACUAGGAUGAGGGCUCCAGAAUAUGCAACAGAAGAAAUCUAUCGCAUCAUGCUGAACAGCUGGCAAGGAGAUCCAAAGGACAGACCAACCUUCUCUGACCUGGUGGAGAUACUUGGGGACCUGCUGCAAGCUAACGUGCAACAGGAUGGUAAGGAUUACAUUCCCCUCAGUGUGCUGCAGGCCACCGAAGGAGAUCUGGCCUUCUCCCAUUUCCAUUCAUCCCUGGCUCGAGGGGCUGCCGAGGUGUCUGAAUCCAGGAUACGAUGUGACAGUAUAAGACCACGAUAUUAUAACUGUGUAUCUUUGCCGAGUCUUGUAAAUGAGGGGAAUCGGAUGAGGUUUGCAACAAGGGUGAAAACAUUUGAAGAUAUCGCAAUGGAGGAGGCUGAGAACCCCAUGCAAAGUGACAACCAGACGGACAGUGGGAUGGUGCUGGCACCUGAGGAACUGGAGAAGUUGCAGGGUUCACACCAGCAUCAGGUAGUCUUCAGUAAAGCCUCGAAUCGAGUGUGCAGACAACCUGACCGGUGUCGAUGUGGAUCAGUCUGGUAUUCUGGAGCAGGGGGGCCGACCAUUCACGGCAGUGACUGUGGGCACCUGUCACAGGUGGGAUGGGAGUGCGACAUUCGGGGGGACCUGUCCCUGGAACCUGCUGUUCUGGACACCAGUUCCCCCUUCUAGGACUCGUCUGCCACGGGUGUCCACCGCAGGAACCUGUCUCAGCACUCAGAGGAUUCCCUGCUCGCUCUCAGCACUCUGCCUCUGAAUUGAUCGCGGAUACUUGCCUUGGGAACUGCAGAAUGGAAUUCCAGUAUCUUCUAAGGUUCUGAACUCUGCAAACCACCCGGAUACUGUUCCAAUUAUUCCACCGGCUGGUAUCUGUAACUGGACUAUAAUCUCUGCUGACAAAUACUCGCUUCCCCAAACAACAAGUUAGUCAGUAACUCUCAAGCAAAAAGUCCUUCUUUUCUCCUUCCAUUUCUCCCAUUGUCCACUCUCCUCUCCUAUCUGAUUCCUUCUUUUUCAGCCUCUUAUCUCUUCCACCUAUCGCCUCCCAGCUUCUCUCUUCAUUCCCUCAACCACCCACCCACUUUCCCACUCACCUGGUCUCACCCUAUCACCUGCCAGCUUGUACUCCUUCCCCUUCCCCACCUUCUUAUUCUGGGUUCUACCCCCUUGCAUUCCAGACCUGACAGCCAGAAAAUCGACUGUUCAUUCCCCUCCAUAGAUGCUGCUUACCCUUCUGCGUUCUCCCAGCUGUUUGUGGUGUCGUGCUCUGGCUUUCCAGUAUGUGCAGAAAUCACUUGUGUUUUCGGUUUUGUUUAUGACCCUCUGCCGAAAGGUAUCAUAGUUCGGAGAGGAAAGGGAUGGGGAGAAUUCCCAGGGAUGAGGGAAGUCACUCCUGUGGUCAUGCUUGUCCCCACCUUCUUUAUCUGGCUUCUUCCAAACUUCUUUUCCAGCCCCAGUGAAGGGUCUCAGCUCAUCUGCUUGCCUUGCUGAGUUCCUUCAGCAUUUUAUGGUGUGAUGCUCAGGAGUUUCAGCAUCUGCUGAAUCCCUUUUGCUUUUGUUUUGGUUUAUAUUUUUUCAUAGUACCAGUAUUCUUAAACUCAGAUCAUAGGAGUUUUUAAGAAGUUUUAAACUUUGAACAGUUGGAGCUCCUUCUAGGUGGUCCUCCAUUCUGGGAUGAGGAGUGCGAUUGUUCGUUAUAGGCGCAGAAUUAGGCCAUUUGGCCCAUCACAUCAUCUCCACCAUUUCAUCAUGACUGAUUCAAUUUUCCUCUCAGCCCCAAUCUCCUCCCUUCUCCCCAUAUCCCUUCGUGCCCUGAUAAAUCAAGAAUCUGUCAACCUCUGCCUUAAAUAUCUGUAAAAACUUGGCCUUCACAGAUUCAGAACUCUCUGGCAAAAGAAAUUCCUCCUCAUCUCCAUUCUAAAAGAACGCCUCUAUAUUCUGAGGCCGUGUCCUUUGGCCUUAGGCUCUCCCACCAUAGGAAAGAUCCUCUCCACAUUCCCUCUAUCAAGGCCUUUCACCAUUCGAUAGGUUUCAAUGAGAUCAUCCCUCAUUCUUCUGAAUUCUAGUGAAUACAGGCACAGAGCCAUGAAAUGCUCUUCAUAUGACAAGCCAUUCUAUCCUGGAAUCAUUUUCGUGAACCUCCUUUGAACACUAUCCAAUGUAAGCACAUCUUUUCUAAGAUAAUGGGCCUAAACCUGCUCACUAUACUCCAACUGAGACCUCACCAGAACUUUAUGAAGUCUUAACGUUAUAUCCUUGCUUUAAUAUCCUAAUCCUCUUAAAGUGAAUGCUAACAUUGCAUUUGCCUUCCUCAUCACAGACUCAACCCUCAAAUUAACCUUUAGGGAAUCCUGCAUAAGGAUUCCCAAUUCCCUUUGCACCUCUGUUCUUCUCUCCAUUUAGAAAAUAGUCGACCGUUUCAUUUCUUCUACCAAAGUGCAUAACCAUAUACUUCCUAACAUUGUAUUCCAUCUGCCAUUUCUUCGCAAAUUCUCCUAAUCUGUCUAAAUCCUUCUGUAGUCUGUCUACUACUCUAAACUACCUGCCCCUCCACCUAUCUUCAUAUUGUCUGCAAACUUUGCAACAAAGCCAUCAAUUCUGUCAUCCAAAUCAUUGAUAUAUAACGUAAAAAGAAUCAAUCCCAACAUAGAACCCUGUGGAGCACCACUAGUCACCGGCAGCCAGUCAGAAAAGGCUCCCUUUAUUCUCACUAUUGCCUCCUGCCAAUCAGCCACUGCUUUAUCCAUGCUAGAAUCAUUCCUGUGAUACCAUGGCUUGUAGCUUGUUAAGCAGCCUCAUGUGUUAAAGGCCUUCUGGAAAUCCAAGUACGCAACAUCAACUAAUUCUCCUUUGUCUGUUCUGCUUCUUAUUUCUUCAAAGAAUUCCCUUGAGGAGUUCUUUGAAGAAAUAAAAUUUUCCCUUGAGGACACCAUGCUGAUAAUGCCUAUUUUAUCAGAAGUCUCCAAGUACCCUGAGUCCUCAUUCUUAAUAAUCGACUACAUCAUCUUCCCAACCACAGAAGUCAGACUAACUGGCCUAUAGUUUCCUUUCUUCUGCCUCUCUCCCUUCUUGAAGACAUUUGCAAUUUUCUAGUUUUCCAGAACCCUUCUAGAAUCUAGUGAUUGUUCCAAAAUCAUUACUAGUCUCCACAAUCUCUUCAGCCACCUCAUUCAGAACUCUGGGGUGUACGCCACCUGGUGCAAGUGACUUAUAAACCUUCAGACCUUUUAGUUUCCUAAGAAUCUCCUGUCUACUAUGGUAACUUCACACACUUCAUGUCCCCUGACUAUUGGAACUUUCAACAUUCUGCUAGUGUCUUCCACAAUGAAGCUAGAUGUAAAUUACUUAUUCAGUUCAUCCCCAUUACUUCCUCUCCAGCAUAAUUUUCCAGUGGUCUGAUAUUCACUACCGCCUCUCUUUUACACUUUAUGUGUCUGAAGAAACUUUUGGUAUCUUUUAAUAAUAUUGGGUAGUUUACUUUGGUAUUCAAUCUUUGCCGUCCUAAUGACUUAUUUAAUUGCCUUCUGUUUUUUAAAACUUCCUAAUCCUCUAACUGUUCACUAAUUUUAGCUCUAUUGUAUGUCCUCUCUUUGGCUUUUUUGUUGGCUUUGACUUCUCUUGAAGUUAUCUUUCCUUUAGAAUACUUCUUUCUCUUUGGAACGUAUAUAUCCUAUGCCUUCCAAAUUGCUGCCAGAAAUUCCAGCCAUUGCUGCUCUGCCAUCAUGCCUGCUAUUGUUUUUUUCCAAUCAUUUCUGGCCAACUCCUCUCUUGAACCUCUAUAAUUCCCUUUGUAAUACUGAUACAUCUAACUUUAGCUUCUCCUCUCAAAUUUCAGGCUGAAUUUGAUCAAAUUAUGAUCACUUGCCCCAGGGUUAUUUUACCUUAAGCUCAAUAAACAAUUCUGGUUCAUUGUGCAGCAUCCAAUCCAGAAUAGCUGAUCCUCCUGUGAUCUCAACCACAAGCUGCUCUAAAAGGCCAUCUUGUAGGCAUUCUACAAAUUCUCCCUCCUGCAUUCCAACACCAACAUGAUAUUUCCAAUCUACCUGCAUAUUGAAGUCCACCAUGGCUAACAUUGCCCUUUUGGCAUGCACUUUCUAUUUCCCUUAGUAAUUUGUAGGCCACACCCUUACUCCUUGCUCCUUACUCUGGUUCCCAUUCCCCUGCAACUCUUAGUUUAAACCUCGUUGCUGUCCUGCAUUAACAAACCUUCCCGCUAGGAUUUUAGUUCUCCAGUUCAGGUGCAACCGUCCCUUCUGUACAGAUCCCACCUUUCCAGGAAGAGAGCCCAAUGAUCCAAAAAUCUUAUGCUGUCCCUCCUACACCAGCUCCUUAGCCACGUAUUAAACUGUAUAAUCUUCCUAGUUCUGGCCUCACUAGCUCGGGUAGCGAUCCUGAGAUCACAACCCUGGAGGUCCUUCCAUUUAACUUCACACCUAUUUUCCUGAACUCCCUAUGCAAAACCUUGCCAUUUGUCCUAUCCUGUCAUUGGUACCUACACGAACCAUGACUUCUAGUUAGUUCCCCUAACUAACAAAUCCCCUAUCAGCAUAGAGUGCCUCUUCUUCCCCCUUUCCUUCUGAGUCACAGGGGCAGGCUCAGUGCCAGAGACCUGACCACUGUGACUUUCCUCUUCUAGGCCUCCACCCCUUCCCUCAUCCCAACAUUAUCCAAAAUGGUAUACCUGUUGUUGAAGGGGAUGGCCACAGGGGUACUCUUGCACGGACUCCUUAACCCCUUUCCCCUUCCUGGCUGACACCCAGUUUCCUGCAUCCUGCACUUUGGGUGUAACUACCUCUCUGUAUAUUGAAGAGAUCAUGGCUUGACCAGGAAUGUCCAUUCUACCUCAAUACUGAUCAGCUCCCAUUCCUUUAAGCUUACAGAUCAAGUUUAUUGGCAUCUGUCUGAUUGUACAUGUAUACAACCAAACAAAAUAUUCUACCAGACCACAGUGCACUUACAAUACAUUUAUCACAUACCCUCUGAAAAGGUUGAAGGGGUUUCCUUUCUGAAGCACUCUAGAGGUCAGAUCUGUAUGGAAAUAUUGCUGUCUUCUCCACUAACUCUUUCAUAAUUCCCCAUACUCCUUGGAUCUGUGUUGCCCAGUGACCUAGAGUUAUAGAGCACUACAGCACAAAACCAGGCCCUUCAGCCCACCCAUGCAGAACUGCUGUUCUGCCUAGUUUCAUUCAUUCGCACCCACACCAUAGCCCUACAUACUCUCCCAUCCAUGUUCCUAUCAAAACAUCUCUUAAAUGUUGAAAUCAAACCCACAUUCUCCACUUCCUCUGGCAGCUCUUCCACACGCUCACCACUCUCUGAGUGAAGACAUCCCCCUCAAGUUCCCCUUAAAUAUUUCACUUUUCACCCUUAAUGCAUGACCUCUAGUUGUAAUCUUACCCAAAUUCAGUGGUCCCACCCUAUCACCUGCCACCUCACCCAAUACAGCCUGCUUGCAUUUACCCUAUUUAUACUCCUCAUAAUUUUGUAUGCCUCUGUCAAAUUUCUCCUCAUUCUCCUACGCUGUAGGGAAUAAAGCUUAACCUAUUCAACUUUUCCCUGUAACUCAGUUUCUCAAGUCCUGGCAUCCUUGUAAACUUUCACUGCACACUUUCAGUCUUAUUUAUAUCUUUACAGUAGGUAGGUGACCAUAAGAGAUCUGGAUGUACUGGAACAUUAGACCCAGGCAGUAAUUUGGAAGCAUAGUGGUAGUUCAUAAAUAAGACCAUAAGAAAUAGGAGCAGAAUUAGACCAUUCAGCCCAUCAAGUCUGUUACACCAUUUCAUCAUGGCUGAUUUAUUAUCCCUCUCAACACCAUUCUGCCUUGUUCCCAUAAUGUUUGACAUCCUUACUAAUCAAGAUCCUAUCAACCUCCACUUUAAAUAUCACCACACGGAACCUCUGUUGAGGCCGUGAUCAAAGACACUCAGCAAGUGACCUGCCUUCACUUUCUGCCUCUGCCCUGCCUUCCCACCCUGAGGGACUCGGAUCAGGACUCCUGUCAGGCACAGUGGGCAGAUUGACCCUCAAGUGGAUACUAAAUUUCUGGCACUUUUUUUUUUACAAUCUGUAUUUUCAGCUUUUGAUGGCUUUUUGUAUUCUGAGAAAUGCUACUGACUAAGAUUGAGUGACUGUGACACUUUGAAGUUGAUUGUGUUGUCAUUGACCGGGCAGGUGCCUGCACUGUGGAGGUAUGUGAUACUCUGAGAUAUCACUAAUUAUUCAUUGUUAUGAACCAACACCACUUCUAGCUCGGUGAAGGGAACCAAGCCAGUCCACAGCAAUGUUACACUCAGUUGGUGGAGCCACUAGGCCAAGGGACAAGAUGCUGGCUGGGGAGAAAGUGGCCUUCAAGGAGAUCCUUGAAGGUGGGGAGGGAUGAGCAUGCUGAAGCCAAAGGGGUUUAGCAUCAGAGGGCGAAAGAUUUAAAAGGAUAUCAGGGGCAGCUUCUUCACACAAAGGUUGGUGUGUACUUGGUAUGAGCUUCCAGAAAAGUGGUUGAAAUGAACAUAUUAGCAAUGUUUAAAAGCUGUCUAGGAAUGUACUGUACAUGGACAGAAGAAGUGUAGCGUGCUAUGGGCCAAACACAGACAGAUGGGACUGGGCUGAAGGGCCCGUUUCUGUUCUGUGUGACUCAAUGACCCUGUAAUCCAUGACACUGUUGUCCAAAAUACUGUCCCAUGUCAAUGCUCCAAGAAAAUCAAACUCCCCAUCCCAACACUUCUAACUCCCAAAUUAUCCCUAAGGUCCAGCCAAUGCCCAUCCCCUAAGCUCCAUUCAUCCCACCUUUGCCCAGAUCUCCCAGAGUGAGUGGUGUUUUGGUGUCAGUCAGGGCUUAACCUUCCCUGAAGGGUCUUGACCCAAAAUGUCAACACUUUAUUCUUCUCCACAGAUAGAUGCCUGGCCUGCUGAGUUCCUCCAGCAUUUUGUGUGUGUUGAAUGGCUUUCCAGCAUCUGCAGAUUCUCCUGUGUUUAACUUUCACUUCACUCUCCACUCACUGCUCUGGGUUCCACUGAGACCUUCCUACUUUUGGGCACCUUGAUUGUUUCAGUGACUGGCUUUCCGAUAGUUGAGCAGAUCCUUUUGCCCGUCUUGACUGUUGAGUUGCUGCUGACCUAUUUAAUGUUAUCUCUUGGUUGCUAUCAUACAGCCUCACAUAGAAACUGGAAAUCCUUCCUGGGUAUUCUUCAAUGAGUAUUCUGUAUUUUGUAAAAAUGUGACGGUGUAAAGAGGUUAUGGAGGUAACAUUCACAGCCACAGCUGAAGUUUGACUUAUCUCUCUCCCCCCCCCCCCAACAACUCCUUACCAAUAUGUUUCCCUCCUUCCCACCAAAGUACUAAGCCCAACUCCAGCUUUGCACAUCCAGUGGACGCCAUCUUGCCCCUCCCACUAGUUAAUACCCCUCUCCAAACUCCUGAGACCACACCUGCUCUGGAUGUCCAGCAUCUGUCAUUCCUGAUGCCAGAUUCACAUUCAGAUUUAUUUAUCAAAACAGACAGUGAAAUGUGUUGUUUGCAUUAACACUCAACAUGACCUAAGGAUGUACUCAGAAGGUCAGGCAUCAAAACAGCUGACAUGUUGGACCUCAGCUUGAAAGGUUGACUGUUUAUUCAUUUCCACAGAUGCUGCCCUACCUGCUGAGUUCCUCCAGCAUUUUGUGUGCAUUGCUCUGGAUUUCCAGCAUCUUCAGAAUCUCGUGUGUUUAUGGCAACAUAUGGAUGUGCUGGGGGCAGCCCGCAAGAGUCUCCACACAUUCCAGCACCAACAAAGCAUGUCCACAGUGUUUGACAGAACAACACAACAACAGCAAAACAAGUCAUUUACCCAUCCCCUCACUCACAAACAGAAAGGCCUCUAACCCUAGGAUGGGCUAUAUCUGGGCCUCCAUUCCUUGGCCCCAAUUCUCAAACACUAGGCUUCCUACCUCCAGUCCCAAUUUCCUGACCCAAUGGCUGUAAAUCUACAGACGAGACUAUCUUUAGACUUUGAGCUUUGGGUGUCUAUGUCUGGACUCACCAACUUCUGUCUUUGACCUUGAGGUGACUACCUCUUGUCUUGCCAACUUCAGCCUUUGCCCUUCAGGCUUCAACCUCUGGACUUGCCAUGUCCUGGAUGGUGAAGCAGGAGAAAGGGGCUGACAUGGAAAAUAAAUCAGCCAUGAUGGAAUGGCAGAGUAAACUCAGUGGUCCGAAAGGACUAAUUCUGCUCCUAUACGAUUUUUCUUAUAGACAUCCCAGGGACGUGGACUUCUGACCCAUGGAAAUCUUCCCCUUCCUAGGUCCCUCCAAAUUCAAACUGCCCUCACACUCCCCUCAAUAGGGACUAUUCUUCUUCAAUUCAGAAACAUGUACCCCCAACACUCUGUCCUAGCCAAACUGAGGUGCUACCCCACCGUCACUCUCUUAAACCAGAGGAGCUGUUAGUUGGGAGAACCCAGCAGCUGGACCCACUGAUGCCUUGUCUGAAGUCACUGCAGCAGAGCUGUGUAUGUUACCUCCAUCCUCAACAUGUUACGUGGUGUGAAGCCACGCACAUUUAUUGUGUUUGAGAAUAGCUGUUGGCAAUUGUUUACAGUUCCAUUAAUAAUAAUGGGGAUUAAAUAAUCACAGAUCAUUGUAUGUGGGGUGGGAGGGGACAAUAUCUCACUUAUAGAAGGAAUUGCUAAAACUACACUAAGAUUUUAUCUACAUUUAACGAUAUGCAACAUAAUAAACAUUCUCUGUAUGUCUGAUGUAUAUUGUACAUAGCAUAUUGUGGGCAACAGGAUACGGAAUAUUUCCGAGGCAUGUAUAACACAAAUAAAACACAACUUUGGAUUGCAACGCUCUAAGGAAAUAGCUCCCCUCAUUUAAUUCCUGCAGGGAGAAAUUAAAAGCUCUGCAUUCCUGUA